GCACUGCCCUUACGUUCACUGCACUUGUAGAUACUGAUAUAUAUUAUAGCAUAAUUUUAUAUGUGGAGGCAGUGUACUACCAAGAUGGUGUGGGUAAAUGCUGCUUUCAGGAUGUGAUGUGGGACGGUAAGUGGUGGUGGGGAAUAGAGGACGGUGUGUGCAGUCUCAAUCUGAGGUAGUCUCAAAGCAUGGUUUCCUAUGUAGACACAGUGUACUGUACUAAGGUGGUUAAAUGCUAGUAUCCUGAUGUAAUGUGGGACUUGGUUCUAGGUGGUAGAGGGAAUAGUGGACGGUGUGUGGCUGUGCAGUUUGUCUCUAGCAGUGAAAUCCUUGGCGGAGUCAGUCUGUGGUGCCUGGAGGGCAGUAGAUCUGGGCUGAGCCUCCUGCCUGUCUGCCUAAGGGGGAUUGCAUCAGGCCUUGCAGAUUAAUCCGCCCGCAAAGCUCCUCUGAGAGGAAGGCGUGAGAGCGAGUGAGUCUGGCUGCCACAGAUGAGCAUGGAGAGGACAGAAGCACACACAGGCAGUCCGGCUAAUAAAGCACACUGUGGCCCAGCCAACUGACUCCGGCACAGGAAUGAUGAUGAUCACGUGGUGCAGCGAGGUGACCUUGAAACACUGGAACACUGCAGCUGUGUGAAACUUCCCCACGGCUAACUUUCUCCACUAUAUGAUAUUUUUUGGUUUGUGUUGAAGAUGAGGCUGAUUCUCAACACAAUCAGUCGUUAAUGCAUACUGUACAUGACAGCUGAAUGUUUCCUUUCCAUGUUCUCUUUUAUUCUCUUUUAAGCCAAUGACAACGUGAGCAUCAAACGGCGUGCCCAGCAGCACAGUCGGAGACCCUCGCUGGAGGGCUGUUGUAGCUUUCCCUCGCAGGUUCAGACAGAGGAGGGGGGACCUGAUCCUAGGUCAGCACUCCUACUCUGAGAUGCUUUAUGGAUAUGCCAGGCCCUGAAGGUGAAAAAGGACCUGUGCUGGCUGGGCGAGUCUAUGGCUCUAGGAUCAUCUACUGCCCCUAAAUCCAAAAAGGUACCACACAGUGUGCGGGAAGUGUAGCAAAUCCAGUGAAAACCACAGCACGUGUGAACACUGUGGCAACCCCUUCAUGCCGGAGGUUCCCCACCUCCACCACCCCCCAGCAGCCCAGCCUACGUCCCCCAUGCCCAGACCCCCCAUUCGACCUCAUCCUCAGCACUCCCAUCAACACCCCUCCCCAGGACCAAACAGUCGACAGCUGACCAAGAACAACUCCUACGUUUCGUCCUCGACCAUGAGGGCGCCGGCGCUGCGUGUGGACACAGUGAUGAACCCGCCCAUCCCGGUACGCAUCACCACCCGGGCCGGCCUGCCGCUGCCACACAACGGGAGACCCGCGGGGGUGGGGCUGGUGGGGAGCUGCUGCGCCGGGAAAGUCGCGGGUAACAAAGGCAGGAGGACGGCGGCCGCCAAGCAGCACGAGCUCAACGACCCCAUCGUGCUGUCCAGUGACGAGGAUGAGGUGGACAACACCAGCACGGGCAGCGUAAAUAGGCUGGACAGCGUGUCCCCUCGGCCCGCUGACUCGGCCCACUCCUCACCGGCGCCCUCCGGAGGCAGAGUGGAGGCAGCAGUGAAGAGUAGCGCAGGAGGGGAGCAGGAGGAGAUCACUUCUGACUUCUUCGCCGACGUCGACAGCAGAAUUUCACUACCCAGAAGGAACCGCAUGAAAGAUAAGUUUGGAAACCAAAUGCCGGACGACUCUACACCCAGGAAAAAACAGAGGAUCUCUCCCGACAAGUUGGACAGCAUCAUCCUGGACUGUCGGAGUGUGAGAGUAGGGACUCUUCGCAGGAUGGUGACCAAGCCUGUCAAUUUUACGGUCGAUCACAUUCAACUUGAAACUGAAGUGCUUUGUGUCCCAGGUCCUGAGGUGGAUGCUCUGGAGAAGGUGCGUCUGCGCGCGUCGGAGCUGAUCAGCUGUGAGUGGUGCAGCGUGAAGAAGCUGCCCGUUCUCUUCUUCCAGACCAGCCCCGAGGAAUGUCUGCGGCUCCGCACCCAGCUCAAGAUGACCCGAGACAAGGGAGGCCUGUGCUGGUACGACUGUGCUGGCAACGACUCCGAUGAGAAGUACAUUGUGCUGAUCUUUGAGAACGGGCUGUCGAUGCACCAGCAGAUGAUUCUAGAGGAGAUCCUACAGGAGAUCGGCCGAGCCAACAACCUCAAUGAGUUCCCCACCAAACUGUCGUUUGAUGAAGCUAACAUCAGAUUGGUCAACUACAACAAAGCAACAAAAGAAAAGGUAAACAACAAAAACAACAGCACUAAAACCAACACACCGGCUCCAAUGGUGCGAACGCGCAUGGCCACACGACAGCAGACCAGCACGUUCUUUGAUGAUGACGACGAUGACAUGGCUGAGCUCCAACCCACCUUCACUGGACCAAUCGUAAAGUUGAUGGUGUACCCACCUCCUCCGGCCAAGGGGGGCAUAUCGGUGACUAAUGAAGACCUCCACUGCCUUAACGAUGGAGAAUUCCUAAACGACGUCAUCAUAGACUUUUAUUUAAAAUAUUUAGUUUUGGAGAAGUUGAAAAAAGAAGACUCACAAAGGAGUCACGUGUUUAGCUCUUUCUUUUACAAGAGACUCAACCAGAAAGAGAGGAGAAACGUCCCAGACACGACUAACCUACCGAUGCAGAAGAGGAAGCACAACAGGGUGAAGACAUGGACCAGACAUGUAGACCUGUUCCAAAAGGACUUUGUCUUUGUUCCCAUCAAUGAGUCAGCCCACUGGUACUUGGCAGUGAUCUGUUUCCCAGGGAUGCAGGGCCCUCAGUUUGAGCCCAACCCUUUGUACCAGGCCCCAGGGCUAGCACAGACACAGUCAGCCCCCCAGGGCAGGCCCCCUGACCACUGCCGGCCACUCUCCCCAGAGCCAGACUACUGUGAGCCCCCAGGCAGAGAGGAACCCUUGGCCCCCUCAGAGAAGCUGUCCCUCAGUGCCACAGAGGCCUCCUCGGAAGGACACUCCCACAGCGAGCAGCCAAAGGGGGCGUUCACCUGUCCCAAUGGUGGCCAAGAGCAUCCCAAGACCGCUGGAGCCAGGAUGAAUGGGCUGGUCAACGUCCAGCCACAGUGCACAGAUGGCUUGCACAGAAUCAGUUUGUGUUACGGAUCAGGUGGUGGCAAUGGUGAUGACACAGAUACCUUUUCUGAUGACCAAAGCUCCUGUCAGGAUGAGUGCAGUGAGGACGGUGCACUUACAGAAGACCUGGUACCCCCUGAGAGCUCAGAGUGGACGUCAAAACCCACCAUCUGUAAACAGCCUUGUAUUCUCAUCAUGGACUCGUUACGUGGCCCGGCCAGAUCUUCUGUAAUUAAAACAUUACGAGAGUACCUGGAGGUGGAGUGGGAGGUGAGGAAAGGAAGUCGGAGGAGUUUUGGGAGGGAUCAGAUGAAGGGUUCUAGCCCACAUGUGCCUCAGCAGGACAACUUCAGCGACUGUGGAGUCUACAUUCUGCAGUAUGUGGAGAGCUUCUUUGAGAAUCCACUUACCAGCUUUCAUCUCCCGGUGAACCUGGAGGAAUGGUUCCCGCAGCAACGAAUGAAGACGAAACGCGAAGAGAUCAAGGAGCUCAUCCUUAAGAUCCAAGCCCAACAGGAGAUGAAGGCGGGCCAGGGCUCAGCCAAAUGCUCCCCUGCAGAACAGGAGGUGGGAGAAGAGGAUACAGGGGAAGGUGUAGAGAUUCAGAACCUGCCUGUCAGCCCCUGAGGUGCACUGUCUAGUCCGACGCUGCUACCUACUUACCUCUUUUACUUUGACACGAUGGUCCUAUCUAUCGGGUGGGUCUCCCGCUGCCUGGCCAAGCCUUGGAGGUCUGCCUGCCUGCUGCCGGGGCCAAGCCUGGAUGGAGGUCUGCCUGGCUGCUGCCGGGGCCAAGCCUGGAUGGAGGUCUGCCUGCCUGCUGCCGGGGCCAAGCCUGGAUGGAGGUCUGCCUGCCUUCUGCCGGGGCCAAGCCUGAAUGGAGGUCUGCCUGCCUGCUGCCGGGGCCAAGCCUGGAUGGAGGUCUGGGGGUCUGCCUGCCUGCUGCCUGGGCCAAGCCUGGUUGUACACUGCUGGAUUACUCUCCAUCGCCAUUUUUUAACUGCCAUAUUCCUUCCAUUGACAACAAAACAUUUUACAUUUGUAUUGAAUAAAACAUGUAUAUAUUUUGGAGGCUUUGGCUGCCUUUGUAAUUGACUGUUUUUGAUGCCGUGCUAUACAUGAAGAUCAUCAUCUCUAGGUUAGUUAUGUUUUCUUCAUAGCUGUUCGUUUUCGGGAGGAUCUGUGCAGAAUAUAUUGUUAAGCUGCUCUUGCGUCGUAUUUUUAUUAUUUUGACUGAGACUGAACUUGCUGUUAUUUGUAAUUUAUAUCCAUACUUCUCAUGAAUUGCUUAGCCAGUGCUUGUUAAAUCUCUUUACUACCAAAGUGGAUGGAUCUUGAGCAUUAAACACAGACACGAGCACAUAA